AUGGGGCUGGACAGCUCAGGGAAGAGCUCCGUCAUCAUGGACAUCAUGAGAGCUCUGGCCAGCGAGGUGCUGCCUGCAGCACAGCCCGGCCAGACCCGCCUGCGGGUGAACAGGUUUGAGGUGACACUGGUGGAGCUGCCCGGAGCUCAGCGCUGCCGCAGUGCCUGGCGCAGCCACUACAGUGCAGCCGACGGGCUGCUCUUCGUGCUGGACUCCAGCGACCUGGCACGGAUGGAGGAGGCCCGCAAGGCUCUGAGCCGUGUCCUGAGUCACCCCGAUGUCUCCGGAAAGCCUCUUUUGCUCCUGGCCAACAAGCAGGAUGUGGCAGCUGCCCUGCUGCCCUGUGAGCUGAUCGAGCGCCUGGCACUGCAGCGGCUCGUCAACGAGAACCACUCGCCCUGCCGCAUUGUGAGAUUCCCCCAGCCGCAGCAGGCAGCAGAAGAUGGAGAAGCUCCCAUCACCUCUCCCCCUCUUCUCCCUGUCCAGAAGGUGAGCACAAAUGGCCCUGGGAAGAGGAAAAAGAAGGUGAAGGGCAUGAAAAAGAAAAAGAAGAAAAAAAUCAAGAAUAAAAUCAAAUCACAGGAGCCUGUCAUGGAGCAGCAGCAGGAGGAGGUCUCAAAUCUGUACCGCCGGGCGAUGCUGGCUCUGAAGAUGCGGCAGGAGCAGAGGAAGCAGCCGUCUGCCAUCGCCCCCUGA